AUGCUUAGAGCUUUUCCUCGGCAGGCUGCUGUGAAGGUAUGCACCUUGGCUGCUGCCUUUCCAGGGUUCAAAUUUUCGAGAGGAAUGCACAGUAGGAAUAAGAAGGCAAUGGAGUUCAUAGCCAAAGGGUUUAGUGCUGUGCAGGAAGUGGACAGAGUUAUAGAUUAUUGUGAACUUUACGACAAGCGUCUCAUUCCAUAUCUUAAGACUGCAAAGGAACAGUUUGAGUUGGCUCUUGAAGCUGACAACUCAAAUACCCAUGCCAGAUACUGGCUGGGAAAGUUGCAUCUCAAAUACCACCACUUCCCUGGUGCAAAUAAAGCUGUAGGAGCUGCAUUGUUAGUGGAAGCUGCGGAGAUGGGCAAUCCAGAUGCACAGUACGAACUAGGCUGCCGCCUAAGAGCUGAGAAUCCUUAUGUACAAUCCGAUCAGCAAGCUUUCUAUUAUCUGGAAAAGGCAGUUGACCAGCUGCAUCCUGGUGCUCUAUACCUCUUAGGAGCUGUAUAUUUGACCGGGGAUUGUGUGAGCCAAGAUGUUUCUUCUGCCAUAUGGUGUUUCCACAAAGCAUCCCAGAAGGGCCAUGCUGGGGCUGCUAUAGCAUGUGGAUCCCUUCUUCUUAGAGGGGUCCAGCUUCCUGAAUCUGUGACCAGAUUUGAGAAGAAAUCGGCUCCCAAAAGGCGGAAGGAUGCUGAAAGUCUCGAGACAGAUCCAGUUGAGAGGGCAAGAGAACAAUUUGAAAUUGCUGCCACCGCAGGAUGCGAUCUUGGACUGAAAUGGUUAAAUAAACUGGAAGAGGAAAAGAAAAUUGUAUUGGGUUCUUAA